CUGACGUCACGGUGGGCGGGGCCCUGCCCGGAGCGGGGAGCGCGGCGCGCGCUGCCAGACCGAGCCGGUGCCGGCGCCGAUCGCAGCGGUUCAUGCGGCUGCAAGCCCCCCGGGCGCGAUGGCCAGACCGCUGCGGGAAGGGAGCCUCGGCGAGCCUGCAGCCCCCCUGCCUGCACAUCCUGCCUGCGGGGGUGGGGGGGGGGGGGCCGCUGGUCCUGCGUGGGGACCCCCCCCCCCCACCCGCACCCCACCGCCACCCCCGCUUGAGCUGCGCUUGCCCCGGGGCCGCUCCCCCCACCCCCCACUUCAGCCUCUAUCGCUGCGGGACACGGGGGCCCCCCGCCGCCACCCCCCACGGCGAGUUUCACCCCACGGAGGACGGGGACCACGAGGGACCCCCCCAAAGUGGGGGGAGCCGGGGGGGGCCUGUCCCCAACGGUCACCUUCCGGGGGGGGCCCCCGGCCCGGAGCAGGAGCUGGGCGCCCGCUUGCGCCGCUUGGGCGACGCCUUCCAGCAGACCUACGAGCAGCAGCAGCAGCGGGGCGGCGUCGCCGUGGUUUGGGGUCACCUCUACCGCCUGGUCUCGCAGUUGCUGGGAGCCGUCUACAACCUGCAGGCAGCUGCCUUGCCCGCGCGGGAAGGCAACUAGCCCCACCCCACUCGUGACCCCUCCCCACGCACCCCCCACACACACACCUUUAUACACCCCCCAAACCCCCCCCCCCCUCUCUGCACACGCCACAGUGGGGGGGGGUUCCCUGUGCCCCCUCAAACCUGCCCAGGAGCGUCAUUGCUGCACACACACACCACCCCCCCCCUCCAAUUUCUAUUUAUUUAAUUUAUUGUUGGGGUUAUUUUGGGGGGGGGGGGGGGGGGAGGGGGUGGGGAGGAGGGGCGGCAUGGGGAGCCCACGGAAGGCAGGGGCACCCCCACGCCCCCCCCACAACGGUGCUCCUGUGGUCACAGCUCCCCCCCCACUCAGGUUUCCCCCGGGGGGGGGGGAGAGGGUGCACGUGGCCGUAGUGCUGUGUAUAUAUUGUAUGUUGGAGCUGUAUAUAGGGGAGGGGGGGGCUGUACAUUUUAUAUAGGGGAGGGGGUGGGCUGUACAUUAUAUAUAGGGGAGGCAAUGUAUAUAGGGGGCGGGGGGGCUGUAUAUAGGGGGAGACAGCAGUUGUAUAUGAUCGGUUACUUUUUUUGUACGUUUCUUUUCAAUAAAAUGAAUUGAAGGAGA